UCAAAUCCAAAUUGUCGCGCACUCGAAACGGACGCGCUGCGCUCGGCUAACGGUGAAUCGGCAGUCUAACGGUUUAGAUACUUCCCACGUUCGUAAGUUCGGUACUCUAUAAAUCUCGAACUGUUUGGAAAAUAAUUUGAAAAUUCAUAUCAGUGCACUUGUGUAUUUUUAAAAGUGCUUUUAGCGAUCGACAAUUAAUACGCAGCAAAUAUUUAUGAACAAAAAGAACACGAUCGCAUAAUAAACUCUUAUGCAAUUUAAUGGCUUGUUAAGUGUCAUACAUCGAAUGGCAUCCAAAUUCAAACUGUGUUAAGGAGGAAGUAAAAGACAAUUAUUACAGAGUUCGAGGAGCAGCUGCAGCACUACCACCUGAUAAUUACCACCUGCACCCCCAGUGGAGUCCCCCGACUCUGCGCCAGGCAUCAUGACGAGCAUCUCGGCGCUGCUCCACCGGAGCCACAGCCACAGCAAUGGUUACACGAGCAGCGGGAGUAGCAAUCACAGCCAUAGCAGCAGUCUCUCACCGCAGUUGCCCGGCAUCAAUUUGGGUUUGGGCAUGGUCGGUGGCUUGGGUAUGGGCAUGGGUGUGGGUGCGGGUGCGGGUGCGGGCUCUGGAUCGGGAAACACCACCCCACCACCAAUGCCGCCAGCUGACCUCGCAGUUCCGACAGCGCCACCCACUCCGGUGGCACCCAAAAUGCACCAGCACCAGCACCAGCAUCCACACCCGCACUCGCACCACCAUGCCAACUCCCACCAUAAUGCCCCAAACAGCCAGUCGAAUCCGAAUUCUGGGGGCCAUCACAACAGCCACGACCACAUUAAGCGACCAAUGAACGCUUUCAUGGUCUGGUCGCGGGGGCAGCGUCGCAAAAUGGCCCAGGACAAUCCAAAAAUGCACAAUUCCGAAAUAUCAAAGCGCCUGGGCGCCGAGUGGAAAUUACUCACCGAAGGACAGAAGCGUCCAUUCAUCGACGAGGCAAAACGAUUGCGGGCCCUGCACAUGAAAGAACAUCCCGACUACAAGUAUCGACCACGUCGCAAGCCCAAGACGCUCAACAAGUCACCGGUGCCAGGUGGUGGUGGUGUAGGUGGUGGAGGCGGCGUAGGUGGUGCCAAUGGUGGUGCCAACGGUGCUGGUGGCGGUAGCUCCGGUCCCGGUGGCCCAGGCUCAAGUGGCUCGCCCAAGGAUAUGCAGUCCCAACUGUCGCCCUUGGGUCAGUCGCUGCCCCAUCUCCACGGACAUCCGCACCAGUCGCCAUAUCAACCGCAUCCACACCACCCGCAUCCCCAUCCACAUCAUGUCCAGCUGGCCGCCGCCACCUUGAGCGCCAAGUACGGAUUUGGUUCGCCGCUGGAGUUGUCCCUGCCCCGCCUGCCGAAUGCCUUUCCCGGCCUCGCCCACUAUCCACUGGAUCCCACGCUGGCCCUGGACCUCCAGGCGCGCCUCCAGGCGAUGUACGCCGGCUCCAUCUACCACCCGUGGCGGUAUCUGCCGCUGAUAAGUCCGGAAACUCCGCCCUCCCCGCCCAGCAGCAGCGGCACCGGCAUCUCAUCCUACGGAUGCGUCAAGUCAGAGAAGUCCUCUCCAAAUGCGGUAGUGGCCAGCACGGCCAGUCCGCCGAACAUCAUUUGACCGACUCCUUUGCGCUUCGGCGCCGGCACCUCCUCAUCCGCAGAACACGUGGUCUAGGAGUUUGGAUGGUAAUUGAUCGUCCAGCCCCAAAAGUUAAAAGUCCUAAUGUUAGAGCCUAGUGUUAGACGAAUAUUUUUGCGUGUCCUCGGUUGCUACUUUUGUUUUAUGUUAUGUUUUGGGUUCUGAUUUAGUGCGGCUUUACUAUUUUUAGCGUUUAGCAUGAUGAACAUUAAAUUGCAAACUGCAUUCAAAAUCUCAGUUCAGUGAAAGAUCCAAGCUCGAAAAUCAAUAGCACUUUUAAAUUAAGCAAAUUUAUAAAAAAAAUCAUAAGGACUAAGAAAAAACAUUUAACAGUCCCGUAUAACUUGAAUAUAGUUUCCUAAGUGACAUUUUUGGGCUAUCAGUUAUGAAAAUACACUAAAUCAUUUGAAUUCGUAGUUUAAUAUUACUUUGACUGCGCAAAAUAUUUUUUUAUUGAUACGUUGUUAUAUGGAUAACUCAAUUAUUUCGAUAAAGCUUUGAAUUAUUACCUCAGCUUAAAACACAUUUUGAAUGUUUUAUUCAUACUUAUUUUUAGGACUUCACAAUCUUUGUUAUCGAUUUCUGGAACCCAAACAAAUUGCUUAUUAGGUCUAAAGUACAUUCGAUUUGUUAAGGCAUCGAGAACAUGUCCACACUUAUGUAAUAUAUGAUUGUAAAACUAUACUUUAAUGUGAUAAAAGAAAGAGCAGAAAUCUAAUUAAAAAAACAGUGUGAAA